UAGGAAGUAGCGAGGCAGCAAGCAGCAAGCAACAGCAGUAGCGACCAGAAACGCAAGAAGACGGGGAGCAAGCUGUGGACUCUGUAGAGCCUCAUUCUCGACGUUUCUCAGCACAAACUUUUAUCUUUUCGGAGUAUAAAGAGGAAUAAACCGGCCGCAGUCAUGUACCUGAAGGUGGUGUUUUUCACCGUAGUCGUGGCUCUGAUUGGCGCAGCAGCCGCAGACGACUGUCCCUCUCUGUCCUGUGCUUUGUGUGGAACCAGUAGCAGUGACUGCCAGUGGGUCAACUGCACAACAACACCAAUUGUCGGCUGUCGCAACAUGACUCUUCUGACAAAAAACGACACCUGCGAUAAUGCUACUUGCUUAGCUGUUCCCACGUCAGCUACUCCCACUACAGCCCCUACUUCCCCUGUUGUCACCUCCGCCUUCUCUAACAGCAGCAGCCCUGAGCCCUCCACAGCCAAUACAACCGGUGUUCCCCCUGUUAUCCCGACUCACAGUGGAAACAUCACCACGGAUUCACCCUCGAAUACAACUCGCAUCCCCCCUGCCCCCACUAAGGUUGGCCCCACUCCUGCGCCUCACCAUAACACCUUCGACGCUGCAAGCUUCAUCGGUGGAAUAGUGCUGGUCCUGGGCCUGCAGGCCGUCAUCUUCUUCCUCUACAAGUUCUGCAAGUCCAAGGACCGCAACUACCACACCCUUUAAGGAGACCACUCUUUUUGAUUCACGUCACACGACCAAACCCCAUCACUAACCGGAACCUUAAAGAGAGGACUCCCCACUCGGCACGCACUCAUCACAGCGGACUCAAACAGUGUUUUCUAGCAGGUUUUCUAGAUCUUUGAUGUUUUUGCCUGCAUUAGCUCUGCUGUUAUAGUAUGUAUUAAGGCACACACAACAAGGCAUGUAUGUAUUAUUUCCACUAUACAACUCUGAAGAAAUAUGGCUUUUUAAGCCUUAAUCAUCGGGUGGUCACUCCCACCUCCAUCAUGCCAUUAGUCAUUCUAGAAAACGCCAUUUUCCAACAGAGUGAGGCGGUUCAUGUUAUUAUCUCAAGUAAAUAGGAGAGAAUUAGUCAUGUACACAGUGUAGCUUUCCUGUUGGGAGUGAGACGGCUGCAAACUGCAAGCAUUACCAUCAUUUUAUGGAUUUGGAAACACUGUUUGAGUUCACAGCUAUUCUUAAACGUGACCACUGUGAUGAUUCAGUAUUGCUUUUAGCCUGUUGAAUUGUAGGCAGGUUCCCUCUUCCCCCAUGCAGCUGUAUUAUGUGUUUGUAGAUGAUGUCAAAGUGGUGGGGGUUACGCACGAGGGAAUAAAAGCAACACUAAAUUGUCUGAUGUCAGACGGAAAAAAACCGAAUAGAUUCCUCUGGUCAAAAGUCUUAUUCUGGGUAUCUCCCUUGGCUUUUAGGAGUGCUGUGCGUCUUCCGCUGUUAAGUUCCCGAUAAUAGUUGUAAAAAAACUACAAAAAUCAACUGCCAGUAGAGCAGCUCAAUGCAAUAAAUCCUGUGUUUAGUUAAUUUCCCAUCCUUUAAUCUCCCAACUGUUAUUUCUGAUCUUCACCGACAUCAAAACGUACCCACUCUAACGUAAGCUGGCCCUUUGCCCCCACUUCUUAGGGGGAAAGGAAAAAGGGCCCAUGGGUCAUAAAUGAAAGAUUGUAGAAUACUUCAGAAAUAUGAAUAAGUCAUUUGUUUUAGAUAAUGUGUAAUAUAGAGAACAGGGAGAAGAAGAAAAUGGCAUGCACCUUCUUGAUGUGGAUAGUGAUAGCAGUGAAGUGCCUUGAAUGUGCUUGGAGACUUAAAGAGAGCGAUGGAAGAGUGUGAGUCUUUUCUCCUUGUUUGAGGCCCUAGUGUUAUCAUUAGUUUGUUUAAAGAAAGAAACUGUAUCGCUGUGCUGAUAUUGGUGAGAACUGUAGUAUCCCAGCUGGACUGAAGAGCCUUUAUUGUGAAGAAUACGGUAGAUAGUUGCCAUUCAAGGGCCUUGAUCAGUCCAGCUUGAAGUUUUUUCCCUAUAAGUAGAGGAGUAUAUUCAGUACAUGAAUCUAUCGUCCUCUCACUGGUGACUUUGUGUAAAUGGAUAAUGUAAAGGCUCUCCCUUUGGUAGUGACCAACAGCGCUCCCAAAUGUCCUCCCUCCUCACUGUUUAUGCCUCAGUUGUGAAUUGUGUUGAAUUUCGAAGCAUGAACAAUGACCUGGCAGGAAAUGUGGGACCACUGUGUGGUGCUAUAAAUCAGGGAAUGUUCUUUAAACAAAAGGCAAAAAUAUUGGGCUUAGUUUAAUAAACUUGAGUAUUGCAGAGAUUGCAUUGAGGUAGAAAUAUUGGACUGUUUGAGUGCUUGUUUGGCCAAAUGAGCAUUGCAUUUCUGACUGCCGUGUAAAUGAGAGGAUUGUGAAUGAAUUGCAGAACUGCAGCAACUAAGCGCCAUGCUAGAGCUCAUGUUCUCUUAUUAGCUUGCUGCUAACUGUGUGAUUUUAAUUUUUUCCCCAUUUUGUCCCUUCUGUACAUAGCCAUGUCCUGUUUUUGUUCAUCUUCAACUUAAGGAAAGGCUAAAUGAAGGAGUGUUUAUCAGUGCAUUUUGCUUGUAGUGGCUUGUCGGUGUCAAGAAUGUUUAGUUUUUCCCUUUAUUGCAUGCUGAAUGCUUGGAGUUGUGAUUUUUCCUCCCAUUGCAUAUGCUCUUAGGGAUUUAGACACUUAAAACCACUUAAUUAUUUGUGAUUAGUCCAUAUGCUAGUUGAGAGAAUGCCUUGAAACCUUGUGCAUUGAGCCAAAGUCCUCAGUUUUGGCAUGGAAAUUGAGCAUUGCACUGACAAGCUUUGUUUUGUAAGUUUCUCUUUGUAAAUGUGUUCAUGGUUCAGCCAAAAAAAACUUCUGAUGCUUGUAUAAAUACUCAGUCUUGAAUAUUAACUAGAUAAUGGAUGAAUAAUCACAUUGUUUUGAACACAAACCGUAAGAGUUUUUUCCUUUUGGCUUUUAUAAUUUAGGUUCACAUGUUUCCUGCUGCUCACCAUUAAUACGCCUUUUUAACGUAGUCACCUGGUGGCAUUAGGCUGCAGCCCAAAGACCCAACUGCAGCGAGAAGGCUCCAGAAUUUUGCCUUAGCUGCAUCCAUUUGUCCAUUUGCUGCAUUAGGAGAGCCUUCGCCUAAAUUUAGAGGAAUAUUUGAGUAUUAUUCACAGCUGUUAGGGGGCCUGCUGUCUGAAUCCAGCCAGAGUGCGCUCUGCUUUCGACAUGGUUGCUGCAUUCCUUAAGAACACAGCGUCACAUGUUGACGUCCAAACACAAUAGAUGUCCAUUGUGUCUCCUCUCCGAAGCUUCUCCUACUUACUCAGUCCGUGCACCUCUUAAAGAAAAGUGCCUUAUUCAGUUAAUACCCAUAUAAAGUUGUAGUUUGUACAAAAAUGAUAUGCCACACCUAUUAAAUCAAUGGGACUCAGCACUUUCAGACCCCUGUGAAGUGGUUUUCUGUGUUGUAUUCUGCCUAAAUGUUUGUUUAUUCAUGCUCAGCCUUAACUUUUUGAUCACACCCACAGAGCAUUUACUAUUGGUGAGAUGUCCAUGCACAAACCAGCUGCUUUUAUUUGAAAAAGUAUGUUUGUUGGAUGUAUUUUGUACUUUGAAGGCUGGCAUUUAAGUAUCUAACAAUUAACCAAUCACACAAUAGACUUAGAUGUUUAAAUGCAGCUGAAAUGGCCACCAACUGCUAAUGGAUGACAUAGUUUUCAACUAAACAAAGCCUGGUUUAUGCCUGGACAACUUCUCACCAGCACAUUGUAACUAAAUAGCUGCAACAUUUGCUCCAUAAUGCAAACAUGAUGACUUGAAGUCCACUUGGUUGUCAUUUUCAAUUGUCUUAUUGAAUUACUUGUUUUCUGUUCAGUAGGAUUUUAAAUUUGCUUGGUCAUGGAGGGCUCUCCUCGGUUUUCAGCCUUGCAGUGUCAAUGAGUAAAAAGCUUUUUGAUUCCCUCCCUUUUGCUUUUGUGGCUUUAUUUCUCUGUGCACACACUGUAGUGCCAUACCUUUUCACCUUUUUGUGUUAGAGGCCGUCUUGUAGGUACGAUCUUUUGUUCCUCCCACCCCUCUUUGACAGCCAUAUGUAGAUGCUUGCAGGUUCCACAAAGCCUCUUGAAAUCAUGUUUUGCUUAUUUUGUGCUACCUUUUCCCAUCUCUCACAAACCUUUUGUUUGUUAUUUUGUGCCUUGUUUUCAAGUGUUGCCUUUAGUUUCACGAUGUAAAGCCAAUAAAGUUUGAAUAUUGUUAAAACAAA